CCCACGCGCAUGCGAAAGGGGUGGCCGCUGGCCGAGCCGGGGAGCGUGGCUGGCUGCUGCCAUGAGAUUGAAUCAGAACACCGUGCUGCUGGGGAAGAAAGUGGUCCUUGUACCCUACACUGCAGAGCACGUGCCCAGGAAUUUGAAGAAUGUUUGGUUUCAGACUGCUCCUCCGUACUGACCCCUGAGACGGGAUGGGAAGCUGGACAGACGGAAGUAGCAACAGAACAUAGAAGACUAGACUGCCUUAGGUACCAUGAGUGGAUGAAAUCAGAAGAACUACAGCGUCUGACAGCCUCAGAGCCACUGACUCUGGAGCAGGAGUAUGCGAUGCAGCGCAGCUGGCUAGAAGAUACAGAUAAGUGCACUUUCAUUGUGCUGGAUGCAGAGAAAUGGCAGACCCAGCCAGGCAUCACAGAAGAGAACUGCAUGGUAGGAGAUGUCAACCUCUUCCUUACAGAUCUAGAAGACCCCACUGUUGGGGAGAUUGAAGUCAUGAUUGCAGAGCCCAGCUGCAGGGGCAAGGGCCUUGGCACUGAGGCUGUUCUCAUGAUGCUGUCUUAUGGAGUGACCAAACUAGGUAUGACCAAGUUUGAGGCUAAAAUUGGGCAAGGAAAUGAACCAAGCAUCCAGAUGUUCCAGAAACUUCACUUUGAGCAGGUGGCUAUGAACAGUGUCUUCCAGGAGGUGACACUCAGACUGAUAAUGAAUGAGCCCAUGCAGCAGUGGCUUCUGGAGCAGACCAGCCACAUGGAAGAGAAACUGUACAGAGAUGGGUCGGCAGAGCCCUGCUGACAGCUGGGCCUUGUGGGCAGCUGCCCUGUGUGAGUGCUCUGAAGAGGUGAGCCGUGCACUAGAGACUGACAGAAGUCUUGGCUCUGCCCCAGGCUGGGAAUCGCCUGUUGGGGGCCCUCUUCAAACUUGGCCAGGCUUGCCUUGGACCCCCUCUGCCUGGCAGUGUGGCUGAAGCAGACUCCAGGGGCCAAACUCAGACUCACAUACCUGGAAUGAAUGACAGGAAUGCAUGGGAGAGGCUGGGUGGAGUUGGCAGCUGGAGGUAAAGAGGGGCCUGAUGACUGCCAGGGAAAUGGACAGGCCUUUUCCUUUAAUGGCCAGAGGUGCCACCCAGCUGGGAGUAAAGCAUGCAGCAUAGCCAACUUUCCUUGUUUUCUCAUUUGGUGGGUGUGGAGAAGAGUUACCCAGAGGCCCAGUCUCGCAGUAUCCGGUUCCUGUGGGUAGGGGUGAGGGAGUGGUAGCCCAGUCCUGUUGUCCUGCUACUGUGACUCCAGGAACUUGACCCUGGAAGGAUAGGCAGCUCAGAGAGGGAGUGAGCAGCCCAGAGGCCUGGUCUCUUGGCCUAGUGUGGGGGGCGCCAGUCUAGAGCGUAGAAGAGUGAGUGAGUUUUGGA